CGCUCUCAAAAGCUACUACGUACUUCAAGAUGAAUGCCACCAAAGCGCCAUUGGCGCGCGCCCUCCUCCAUCCCGAGCGCUUCGCCUCCAUAGUCCAACCCAUUCGGUCCGAACCCCUCAGCACAACACUCCGCCGCUAUGCCGACAAACCCACCCCCCCGACAUCAGCACCGGCACUGGCACCAGCUCCCGAAGACCCAAAGCCGGUAUCAGCAGCCGACCUCCCCUCCCCCCUCGCCGAUGCGCCGCGAGCAACAGGCAAAGCAGUAGAGCAAUUCACGCCGAAGCCGCUACCGCGGCCAAUCGGGCUUCCGAGGCCGCCGCGGGCGGGCGAGAAUGCCGGGGUUGAUACGAGGUCGUGGAAGCAGAGGCGUGAUGAUUUUGUGGAUUAUGAUAAACAUAUUGUUAAGAGGAAGAUUCUCACGGAGAGGAUGGCCACGCCCUACUUCCGCGAAUGGUCCAACAUGCGUCACCACAAAGGGAAAUCCUUCGUCGCCCCUCCCCGCCUCUUCCGAGCCGAGCGCGCCCUCUACUUCCCCAACCUGCAGGGCCAGACCCUUCUCAAAGACGCCGAGGUGCGGGACACCACACCCGUGUUGAGCGAUAAAAUCUCCAUCGUCUCCGUCUUCUCCAGCGCCUGGGCCGAGCACCAGGCUACAUCCUUUGUAGGCAAGAAGGAAAACGCGGAGCUGCAUGAAGUGGUGGCUGCGAGCGGCGGGCGUGCGCAGAUGGUGCAGAUUAAUGUGGAGGAGAACCCUCUCAAGGCAGCGCUAAUCAAGCUAUUCAAGCCGAGUUUGCGGGCGAAGCUGGGGCGGGACGCAUGGGGGAAGUAUUUUGUGGUCACAAGGGGCUUGACGGGGGAGAUGAGGGAUGCAAUGGGGUUGCUGAAUAGUAAGGUUGGGUAUACGUAUUUGCUGGAUGGGGCGUGUAGGGUUCGGUGGGCGGGGAGUGGGAUUGCGGAGGGGGAUGAGAGGGAGGGGUUGGUUAGGGGUGUGAGGAAGUUGAUUGAGGAGGCAAAGGGGAAGAAGGGUUCGCCUGGGGGGACGAAAAGUGCGAUCUGA